AUGGGUACGCAGGAGGUCUUUGUCGACCUGCAGCCAAGCGGCGACGAUAGGCACGUGCUCCGCUACAAUGGUGCGCUGCAGGACGUCCAGGGCCAAAGUAUUGUCGCUCUGCUAGGAGAGGUCGGGAAGCAGGUGCUGAUUCCCGAUGUGCUCUACGUUCCGAGCGUGCACGCGAACCUGCUGUCGGCUGGCCAGCUGAAGGAGAACGGUGUGAAGCUGAAGCAGGACGGCGACGGGAUUUUGCUCGACACGGGGGGAGGGGACGUCCUCGGUCGGGCGUCCUACACUGGCCGGGUCCUCUGCACCGACCUACGUCCCUACUCGACGAAGUCGACGACGUCCACGACGGACGUGGUGGCCCUGCGGGCGAUCGCUUCGGCGACAAAUUCCACGCCAUACCGACUGCAUGCAAGGCUUGCGCACGUCGGCAUGGACACCAUUCGAAGCUCGGCAAAGGACGAGGUCGCCAAUGGGCUGAACCUCAUGUCGGCGUCUGCGCCGACCCACCGUGUGUUUCAUGCGUCGGCGGGAAGCUGCCGCGGCACGUCUUCCCCGACCAGAGCUCCGACGCCGACGACGUACUGGCCGUCGUGCCUUUCGACCUUCGCUGAGCGGCAGACGAAGAAGUCGGUGCUGAUGCUACGCUCUGACCAGGGAGGGGAGUUCCUCGGGAAGGAGUUCACCGCCUUCGUGGAUGACAAGGGGAUCAUCCACGACCUGACCUGCCCGUACACCCCGCAGCAGAACGGCAUGGCGGAGCGGGAGAUGAGGGCGGUGGUGGAGUUGGUGCGGAUGAUGUUGCUGCACAUGGGCGUGCAGCACCAUUGGUGGCAUCUCAUUCUGCGGCAGGCCGUCUGGGUCCGCAACUGCCUUGAGAGGUUGACGUUGCCGCCGCGGACGACGCCGUACCAGCUGCUCACCAGGAAGAAGCCCGACUUGUCGUUGGCGCAUGUGUGGAACUGCAUGGCGCAGUUUCUCGUCCCUGACCAGCAGCGUGGUAGGAAGCUGAAGCCGAAGGCCUGGUCAGGCCUUCACAUUGGCAUGUCAGAGGAGAACAAGGGGUGUGAGCUCCUCGACAUCGUAGACAACCGGGAGGUUACCACGUCAAACGUGGUGUUUUACGAGACCAUGUCGUUGGAGGUGUGGAAGUCGGAGCAUGCCGCUGGAGCCCCACGCCGCCGCCCCGGCCCCACGCCGCCCGUGCGCCGCCCGUCCCGGCCCCACGCCGCCCGUGCGCCGCCCGUCCCGGCCCCACGCCGCCCGUGCGCCGCCCGUCCCGGCCCCGCGCCGCUGCCCCGGCCCGUCGACGCCCGUGCGCCGCCCGUCCCGGCCCCACGCCGCACAUGCGCCGCCCGUCCCGGCCCCACGCCGCUGUCCCGGCCCGUCGCCGCCCGUGCGCCGCUCGUCCCGGCCCCGCGCAGCUGCCCCGGCCCACCGCCGCCCGUGCGCCGCCCGUCGCGGCCCCGCGUCGUUGUCCAGGCCUGUAGCCGCCCGUGCGGUGCCGGCCCCGGCCCCAUGCCGCCUGUACCGGCUCUUCGCCGCCCGUGCGCCGCCUGUCCCGGCCCGUCGCCGCCCUUUGCGGCGUCACGUGCCGCCCCUCCCCAUGGCUCUGCCGCCUUACCUGCGGCCCCGACACCCUACCUGCGGCCCCGCCACCUCGCUCUCCGCCCCGUCACCUGCUGCAUCGCCGAGCCGCCCACCAACCGAGCCGCCCUGCAGCCGGACUCCUAG